GACACUAGAUGCGACAGAACAAAAAAAAAGGUGGCAUCCAUCACAUACAAAGUGAACACAAAGUUGUUUACUGAGGAAGGCUUUCUGCUCAUCUUCAUAACCCCAUAAAUCUUUUAUUCUACACACCUUUGAGAUCACUUCUUUCAAUUUCAUGGAUAAUUUUCAAGAUGGUGCGCGUGAACAUUUACUGUCAGUAAAUAAUGAGGUAAUUAAUGGAUCAGAAGCAAAGAUUCAGGUAAAGGGUUUGACAAGAACACUGGAUAAAGGAAUUACAAUCCUUCAAAAUGUGAACUUAGAGAUACCCAGAGGCAAAAUCAUGGGGAUCAUUGGGCCAAGUGGUAGUGGUAAGUCGACGUUAUUAAGAGCGUUGAAUCGUUUAUGGGAACCGCCUUCUGGUACGGUUUUCUUGGAUGGGAAAGAUAUCACUGGGCUUGAUGUUCUUGAUCUAAGGCGAAAAGUAGGAAUGUUGUUUCAGCUUCCUGUUUUGUUUGAAGGUACAGUUGCAACCAACAUAAGAUAUGGUCCACAGUUGAAAGGAAAGAAACUAACAGAUCAAGAAGUGUACAACUUGUUGACUUUUGCUGAUCUUGAUUCAUCUUUUCUCGACAAGCCAGGCAGCGAAUUAUCAGUUGGCCAGGCUCAACGGGUUGCACUUGCUAGAACGUUAGCCAAUGAGCCAGAGGUUCUGUUGUUAGAUGAGCCAACGAGUGCGUUGGACCCAAUAUCAACCCAAAACAUAGAAGAUGCGUUGGUGAAGUUGAAGAGUAGAGGAAUGACAGUUGUUAUGGUCUCUCACAGCAUUAAACAAAUUCAAAGGAUUGCAGAUGUGGUUUGCCUUCUCGUGGAUGGUGAUAUUGUUGAGGUUCUAAGGUCUGAUGAGCUCUCGGACGCUAAACAUCCCAUGGCAAGGAGAUUUCUUGAACUUAGCUCUUAAUUUGUUUUUAAUGUUUUAUGUUUUGAGAGUCCACUUAUAUCAAGAUUCAACACCACAAUUCCUAUCAUUGUGGUUAUCAGAAUAUACAAUGCAUGUGCACGACUAAAUGUCCACUUAAAGUGAAUAAAUGUUUGUUUGUA